AUGUGGUCAACACUCAUCAAUGUCCUCCUGACCCCAACCGUUGUUCUGCCUGUCCUAGGCCAAACCAGCACCAGACCCGCUAGUGCGACUGGCACCGUCAACCCUUUCGCCCUGUAUACCUUGACAGCGGAAAAUAUCACGGCUAAAUUUAUUCCCUACGGUGCCCGCCUUACUUCUCUCCUAGUCCAGGAUCGUGAUGGCAAUGAACAAGACGUGGUGGUGGGCUAUGACAACGCAUCCCAAUAUCUGGCAGACACGGAGACAAAUCACACAUAUUUUGGCCCAAUUGUAGGUCGCUAUGCCAAUCGUAUCAAGAAUAGCACUUUUACUUUGAACGGCCAAACCUAUCAUAUACCGGCCAAUGACCACGCCGGCGCCGACACUCUCCACGGAGGCACGAUCGGAUACGAUCAAAGAAAUUGGACAGUGGUGGCUGCUUCAAGGUCAAGCAUUACCUUUAGUCUCCUUGAUACGGGCUUCCAAGGAUUUCCAGGCACGGUGUUGACGACGGCAACCUACAGUCUCGGGACCUUUCCCAGUGGUGCUCAAGGAGAAGUGCGUCCGAGAUUGACGAGUACUAUGAUUUCUCAAGCUCUCGACCAAGAGACGCCCAUCAUGCUUGCGAAUCACAUCUAUUGGAACUUGAAUGCCUUCAAGCAAGCAACCAUAUUGAACGACACCACCCUGUGGAUGCCUUAUUCUGACCGGUACAUCGUGGUUGAUCCUAUUUUGAUCCCAACCGGUGCUUUAGGAUCGGUCUCGAAUUACCAGACUCUUGACUUUACCUCACCCAAGUUGCUAGGAACAGCGGUUAAUAAUGCCACCGGUACUUGUGGCGCAGGCUGUCAAGGAAUCGAUAACGCAUUCAUUCUCGACAGGCCCGCCAAUGCAGGUUCGACAUCACCCAACUUCCCAGUGCUCUCACUUUGGUCAGAAACCACGGGCAUUCAAAUGGACGUGUCCACGAAUCAGCAAGGAGUUCAAAUCUAUAGCUGCAACGGUCAGAAUGGAACCAUUCCAGUCAAGCAGAGUCAGCAGGAAAGAAACGAUGGUACCCGAACCGCAGCUAGAUUUGUCAACAAAUGGGGAUGCCUGGUAAUUGAGACGCAGGCGUGGAUUGAUGGUAUCAAUCAUCCUGAGUGGGGAAUUAGUGACUAUGAGCUCUUUUCUCCUACCACUGGCCCAGCGAUGAAUUAUGCGACUUACGAUUUCUCGACAUUUUGA